AUGGUUUUCAGACGCACAGCGAGGAGGAUGCGGUGGCUGGGCUGUUACCGGUUUGGGCCGCUGUGGAAGGCAUUACUUGUCUUUGUGGCCAUUGCCUUUGCGGGUCAAUUGCUGGGCGUCAUUUUCAACAAAAGCUGGAUGCAACCAGAGAGGCCUCGUUCUCUGUUCUCCCUGUCUGAGAACUCCCAGGGGCCCUCGCUGGGCUCCUGCCGUCCACACACUCAUGUCAUGUUCCUGAAGACCCACAAGACAGCUAGCAGCACCGUGCUUAACAUGCUCUACCGAUUCGGUGAGGAGAGAGGCCUGCGUUUUGCCCUUCCCGUUGGCUACCAGUUUGGUUACCCGCUGCCUUUCAACGCCCAUCGGGUCAAAGGCUACCGGGGGCCCCAUGUGACUGAGUUCAACGUCAUGGGAAACCACAUGCGCUUUAACAAACCAGAGGUUGAGAAGAUAAUGCCAACAGACACAUUCUACUUCUCCAUAGUGCGAGACCCAGUGGCCUUGGCCGAGUCGUCCUAUGCCUACUACAAAGCCGUGGCGCCUGCCUUCAAACGGGUGAAAGGGCUCGGUGAGUUCGCCAACAACCCCUGGCGCUACUACGACCCACGGCUUCGCAACAACCACUACGCUCGCAACCUUCUCUGGUUUGACUUUGGCCUGGACCACAACGCCAACUUCUCAUUGGCUCUCGCGAGGCGAGGCGAGGCAGCCAUUCGGCGGGCCUUCAAUCUUAUCCUGCUGUCGGAGCACUUUGACCAGUCCAUGGUGCUGCUCCGGCAUGCCCUCUGCUGGCCUCUUGACGCCGUGGUCUCCUUCAGCCUGAAUGCACGGCAGCAGAAGCCCACCGGAGGUGUGAGCUGGGUGGGAAAGAGUGGGCCCUUGGCCUCGCUGGCCCUGACGGACGAACAGAGGCAGAAACUACGGGAGUGGAACGCUCUGGAUUGGCACCUGUACCAGGCCUUCAACCGCACCUUCUGGGAGGAGGUGGAGCGAUUCGGCCGUUCCCGCAUGGAGGCAGAGGUUGCUCUGCUGAGGACCAGACGGGAGGUCCUGGCCCAAGUGUGCCUACGCGAUGGGGGACGGCCCGUGGAGGCCAGCCGUAUCCGAGACAAAGCCAUACGGCCCUUUCAGAGCGGACUGGUGAAGAUCCUGGGCUACGAGCUUCAGCCCGGUCUGGACAACGCCACACGUCAGGCUUGCCUGCGCAUGAUUCGCCCGGAAAUCCAGUACAAGGACUUGCUGGAUUUAAGGCAGUUCCCCCGUGCGCAGCAGCCCCCGGGGGCGGGCAUUGCAGCCGGGGGGUUCUCUUUCAGGAAGGACUCUUUACCCCUGAGAAAGGGAGAGCAGGUCGGAGGGGUGUCGGUGGAGAGGGACUGGGAUGGAACCAGACUGGUUCAGAAUCUGUCCUCUUUACAAAUUAAUGUGAAGGGAAGGCUGAGAUAG